GGUCCGAACAUCCCCGAAGUGUGUCCGUCUCUCUGCUCAGCUGGUGCGUCUGUUAGCGUUAAACUCUCCACAAGUGCGUGUCUCCCCAGCAGGAGGACGAACAUGGCACGAAUCAGGAUACUUUCCAUCAUCGCGACGUUGCUGAUCAGCCAGUGCGCUGCUGUCGUCAGAAUUCCUCUUUACAAAACCAGGAGCCUGCGUCGCCUCAUGAGCGACAAUGGCAGGUCCGUGGAGGAGCUGGUGGACCUGGCCAGGAGCCUGGGGGCCCCCGAGGGCCCCCCCGAGCCCACCCCCGAGCCCCAGCUGCCCGUGGAGAGACUCAUCAACUUCAUGGAUGCCCAGUACUACGGGGUGAUUAGUAUUGGCACUCCUCCCCAGGAGUUCAGUGUGCUGUUUGACACCGGCUCCUCCAACCUCUGGGUUCCCUCCAUCCACUGCUCCUUCUUCGACUUGGCCUGCUGGCUUCAUCACCGUUACAACUCUAAGAAGUCGAGUACGUACGUCAAAAACGGGACGACGUUCUCUAUCCAGUACGGUCGAGGCAGCUUGUCCGGGUUCAUCAGCGAGGACACCGUCUCUGUCGCGGGCCUGUCUGUGCCCAGUCAGCAGUUUGGAGAAGCAGUGAAGCAGCCUGGCAUCACGUUCGCCGUGGCGCGGUUCGAUGGGGUGUUGGGGAUGGCGUACCCCUCCAUAUCCGUGGCCAACGUCACCCCGGUGUUUGACACGGCCAUGGCGGCAAAGCUGCUGCCCCAGAACAUCUUCUCCGUCUACAUUAGCCGAAACCCCAAAGCAGCGGUAGGAGGAGAGCUGAUGCUGGGCGGAACCGAUCCGCAGUACUACACCGGAGACAUUCACUAUGUAAACGUGACACGAAAAGCCUACUGGCAGAUCCAGACGGACAGCGUGAAUGUCGGUAACCAGCUAACUCUCUGUAAAGCCGGUUGCCAGGCUAUCGUCGACACGGGAACGUCCUUAAUCGUUGGUCCCGCAACUGAAGUCAGAGCACUGCACAAAGCCAUCGGAGCGCUGCCCCUGCUGGCGGGAGAGUACCUGAUCGACUGUAAGAAGAUUCCCUCUCUUCCUGUCAUCUCGUUCAACAUCGGGGGGAAAACUUACAACUUGACGGGGGACGACUAUGUACUGAAGGAGUCUCAGAUGGGAACGUCGAUCUGCCUGUCGGGCUUCAUGGCCAUGGACAUCCCUCCUCCAGCCGGGCCGCUCUGGAUCCUGGGAGACGUUUUCAUCGGGAAGUACUACACCGUGUUUGACAGGAAUGCCGACCGCGUCGGGUUCGCUGCGUCCAAGUAGAUCACACUGAAAGAGUAUUUGAUAUAAAGCAGUGUUUCCCAACCUCGGUCCUCAAAGCCCACUGUCCUGCAUGUUUUAGAUGUUUCCCUUCUUCAUCACACCUGAUUCUAAUUAAUGGUCCUAAUUAGCUUGUCAUCAAGUCCUGCACAAUUCUGUAGAUGACACAGUCACUUGUAUCACGGUGUGCUGAAGCAGGGAAACAUCUAAAACAUGCAGGACAGUGGGCCUUGAGGACCGAGGUUGGGAAACACUGAUAUAAAGAAAAGGUUUCAUUUCUUCUUUUUCAGCAAUAAAGCUUUUUUUUUUCUUUCCAUGCACAUUUCAAAAGGAAGUUUGAUAAACUGGGAUCAAAUGUGAAUUUUACAUUAAUAAUCAAACAAAGAGCUUUGGCUCAGACGGACGACUUCGUCCCGGUUCUUGCACGCGUCUGUCAAGCUGCUUCAGGUUUUUGAGCUUUAACGUUUCACAUCUGACACAUCAGAAUUUAAUGUUUUACUUUUUAUGGAUGUCUUAACAUUUCUAGUGAACCACUUUUUUUAUUUUUUUGUUUCUAAUAAAAGUGUAGGCGGUCUCUGUAACAUGCCUGUGUGAAUUACAAAAUCAGAUGGAAUAAAAUUCCCAAAGAAGUA